UUCAGCAAGAUCAGUUUUUGGAGUUGAUAGUUUAGGGGGAGGCGGCAGGUGUUCAUGCAGAAAGAGGAGAAGAGGAGCAGCAACCACAUGAGUGAGCUCCGUCGCACUGUGCAUGAGAUGAAGGGAUCGCGGGACAGUGCCGAGUCUGAAACAAUAUGUGUAUGUCAAGAUCAGACAUAAGAACUGCUGUAGGGGGGGGAGCAACUUUAAUUAGUCAUCUGGGACUGGAUUCAAAGGAAGAGGACAAUGCAGUUGGACAAGAAACACUUCCAUUAGUUUCUCUUUGGACUUAUGUAUGAGGGUAAUCCUUUUAUUCUGCCGGACCAUGGCUGGCAAGCAAGUGAGGCAGUGGAGGUCCAUGUGCAAAGGCCUGGUUCUGGGUACCUUCCUGACCAGCUGCACAAUCCUGCUUUACUGCCUCUCCACUCCGCAGAUCCCCUUCAGUCAUCCUGAGGUGCCAGUGCCUUACUCCUGUGCCCACCGUCCGUCCCAGCUCCACCCUAAACCAAUCACAAACAGCUCACAACAAACCACUGGCCAGACCUGCACUCCUAAAGUGGAUAUCAUGUUCAUGAAGACCCACAAAACAGCCAGUAGCACCUUCCUCAACAUCCUUUUCCGCUUUGGGGAGAAGCACCGACUCAAAUUUGCCUUCCCUGACAGCAGAAAUGACUUCUUCUAUCCGUCCCUGUUCCAGCGCUCCCAGGUUAAAGACUACAGACCUGGAAUGUGCUUCAACAUUAUCUGUAAUCACAUGCGCUUCAAUGCACCCGAGGUGACCAAGUUGCUCCCUACGGACACUUCCUACAUCACUAUUCUGCGAGACCCCUCAGAGCUUUUUGAGUCAUCCUUCCACUACUUUGGCCGGCUGGCGCCUUUUACCUGGAAGAUACCAGGUGAUGACAAGCUGACUGAGUUUCUACGUGACCCCCAUUACUACUUUGAUCCAGAUGGCUUCAACGCGUACUACCUCAAGAAUCUGCUGUUCUUUGACUUUGGACAGGACAACACUCUGGAGCUGGAUGAUCGGCGGGUAGAAGAGGGAAUCAGAUUCAUCACUGACCGUUUUCAACUGGUCAUGUUGGUGGAGUACUUUGAGGAAUCACUCAUCCUGCUCAAGGAUGCCCUCUGCUGGGAGAUGGACGAUUUGCUCUUCUUCAAGCUCAACACCCGCAAAGGGUCCACUGUGUCUAAACUCACACCUGAGCUGAGGGCCAGGGCUCUUGAGUGGAACGCUGUUGACUGGAAGCUGUACCAGCAUUUCAACCAGACCUUUUGGAAGAAAGUUGAUGCAUACGGACGGAGGCGGAUGGCCGAGGAUGUGGCAGAGCUCAGGAGAAGGAACGCAGAGAUGACAUCCAUCUGCAUCGAGGGGGGUCGAGCUGUAGAGGCCGGCAGCAUCCAAGAGACAGCCAUGCAGCCCUGGCAGCCCAUCGGAGAGAAGUCCAUCAUGGGCUAUAACCUGAAGAAGAAUGUGGACAAGGCACAUAGGAAGUUGUGCCGAAAGAUGUUGACGCCAGAGCUUCAGUACUUAACAGAGCUUGGGGUUAACCUGUGGAUCACCAAGCUGUGGGGCCAUGUCCGAGAUAUCAUUAACUGGUGACGAGACAUGUGAGCAACAGGGGCCAAUUCAACUCUGACAGACUGUAAUAACAGAAGAGGAAUCUGAAUGUGUGGCUGAUAAAGUGAAAGGUUUAAAGAUUUAUGUCACGUUUCUAUCUUAUCACCUGUCCAUUUUGUUGAAAUGCAUCCACGUUGACUUGUUUGCAUUUCAUAUGAUUGUGCGCUGUAAUGUCUUUGAUGGGGGCUUGAGAAAUGAAAUACUGUAGACCUCACAAUCUACAAACACUGAACCAGUUGACUACACACAGACGAGGCUUAGUAUUGUUCUCUAUAUUUGACACAUUCUUACUCUGAGCUUGUUUUAAUGUACCAGAUGAGUGAACAAUUAAGUUGAGGACUAAUUAAUUAUAUGAGGCUUUUUAUGGAAUAAAGACAACAAAUCUGCCAUCCCUGCCAAAUUUCUAAGAUUGUUUGAAGACACGGAAAGAAUGGUACCUUGCUUUAAGCUAAACAUUGUCAAGCAUUUAAGUUUUAAGGGACUGAAAGCUCCCUAAGGGCUAAAAUAAAGAUGUGAAAAUUGUGAAUGUAAGAACUAUAUUCCACUUUACCUCUAUGGAGGACAAAAUCAGCCAUCAUUUAAAUAAUAGGGGAGCAAAUACAGAAAGUCACUGUCAGCCAAUUAAGGUAAAUCAUGUCUAAGGCACUAUGACUAACGGUGUUAAACAUCACCUACAUGUGUUUACACAGCCUUGUGACUAUAGCGUACAGAUGGGAAUAAAAUUGUGAAAUAUAUAUAUAUAUAUGUGUUUCCUGUUAAUGCACUGUAUUACUCAUUUACUUUUUAAUAAGUGUUCAUAUGUAUUCUGUUCAUUUUUUUGUUUAUCCAGUUAUAGAUUAAUUUAUCUGUAAUUUACUGAUUUUGUCCUCCAUACAUUUCUUCAUUUCUUUCCCUGAUAAUAUAUGAUAAUCUUUUUAUCCUCAAAAUAAAGUGAAAAUGACAUGUAAUAUUGUGUAUAUGUUGAUGAUUGUGAUUCAUAAACAGCUUCCUCUCAA